AUGACAAAAUAUAAUAUUCUUGAUCAUGAUGAUCCAAAAAUUGUUUUAGAUCCAUCAGACGAUAGGAAAGAUUAUGAAAUUCUGAUUAAUGAUGAAGCGUCCUCUAUAGAGAAAGAUGAUUGUGCCUUGAGUGAAGACAAACUUUUGCGUAUCAUUACACAAAAUUCAAGAUUAGACGACCUAAUUUCUAAUCAAUCGAAUAAUCCUAAGCUAACUAAAGUGCUCAAAUUAGUGAAAUCUCAGCUAACAACUGAGAGUUUAGCAUCAUAUGAUGGAUUUGAUUUUGCUGAAUUAUACUGA